AUGCUUACAGCAAACGGAAUUUUUGCACGUUUUACUGUCAUGUCGGCACAUCUUUCUAUACUUAUUAUGAUAUUCAUGAAACGAGGUGAAUAUGUUGAUUCUUGUGGUAUUCCCGAAAAAGGACAACACGAUUUGACCGAUACACGAUUUAUCAUUGCAUUAUCUUUUUCAAUUAUAUUACUUAUUAUUGAACUAAUUAUAUUUUUACUUGGGACAAGUUUACUUCGAAAUAAGAUUACAUUUGCUACAACAUUACUUCAUUCAAGUGGUGCCAUUUCACUUUCCUUUAUGAUUUUUACACGUUGGUGUAGUGUUUCAUUUUGGCCUGUCUUUGCUAUAUGCAUAAAUUUACAGUACAUGCCAAAAUCAAACUCGAAUAAGUAUAGAUCAGCGACAGCUGCAUCGAUGAUCGAAGAAAUAAAAGUUGUUGUUGUUGGUGAUGGUUAUACAGGCAAGACAACAUUAUGUAUUGUUUAUAAAGAUGGAGAAUAUCCACAAGAUCCUUAUGUACCAACUAUAUUUGAGAAUUAUGCAGCGACAGUGACAUUAAACAAUCGUAAAUAUAUUCUCAAUCUAUUUGACAGUGCUGGACAAGAAGAAUAUGAUCAACUUCGUAUAAUGGCCUAUCCAAAUACUGAUGUUUUUAUUCUUUGCUUUUCAAUUGUGGAUCCUGAUAGUUAUUCUAAUAUAUUAAGUAAAUGGAUUCCUGAACUUAAUCGUUAUGCAUCUCGUGUACCAAUUAUCCUUGUUGGAACAAAACUUGAUUUACGUAAUGAUCCAUCAACAGUUGAUCAAUUAGCAGAAAAAAAUCAACGACCCAUAAGUCAAUCUCAAGGAGAAUAUUUAGCACAUGUUUGUUCAGCUAAAGUUUAUUUAGAAUGUUCAUCAAUGCUUAAUUUUAAUGUAAGAAAUGUAUUUGAACAAGCAAUAGAAAUUCAUAAUUCUUAUGAAGAACGAUAUCGUCAUAGUUUAAGUAAUGGACGACGUAUUUUAUCUGAUAAACUUCAUUCAUGUUCAUGGUUUAAUACAUUAUUUUGUUGUACAACAGAUUCUAAAAAAUCACAUCGAAAAAAUAAUCAUGAUUGUUAUACAGUGUAA